UUUUUUUUUUUUUCCAGAACUGCCCGACCUGAUGUCAUUUCCCUCUUGCAAACACCCCGGCUGGGCUGUGUCUGAGAUAUGUCACGGGGAGUGGGAGGAGGAGGAGGGGGAGCCAGCGAGUGCGUGCAGUGUCCCAGGACCCUGUUUACUUAGCAUUCCCAGCCGAGGAAGCCCUGGUUUAAAUAGGAUCGGAGGAGCAGGCUGCCCACAGCAGAUGAGGAAAUGGUCGCUGUGAGGCUUUAAAUUCCUGCCUUCCCAUGCGCCGGUGCGGAGGAUGAGCCUGCAGAAUGCCUUUCCUCCUGGGUCUCAGACAGGACAAGGAAACCUGCAUGGGUGUCAACAAUCAAAGUUACAUAUGUGAAACGGGCCACUGUUGUGGACAAUCCCAGUGUUGCAACUACUACUAUGAACUCUGGUGGUUCUGGCUGGUAUGGACCAUCAUCAUCAUCCUCAGCUGCUGUUGUGUUUGCCACCACCGACGCACCAAGCAUCGCCUGCAGGCCCAGCAGCGGCAGCACGAGAUCAACCUGAUCGCUUACCGGGAAGCCCACAACUACUCGGCCCUGCCGUUUUAUUUCCGGUUUUUGCCAAAUUAUUUACUACCUCCCUAUGAGGAAGUGGUGAACCGACCACCGACCCCGCCGCCACCGUACAGUGCCUUACAUCAGCAGUGCAUCCCAGCAGGCAGCAGUAGCACAAUCCCAGACACACCGAGAAGCCUGCAGCCAGCACAGAGCAGCUCAGCAGGAGCCAGCGGCAAUAACAGCAGUACUGACAGUGCCGGGGGGCUGCCCAGCCUCAGGGACCCCGAGCCCUCCACCGCCUCGCUGCCCGAGCGAGCGGUUGCCAAAAUGCAAAGCGUCGAGCCCGGCGGAACCAGCACGGGAGCCGAGCUCGUGGAGAGGGCCGGCCCCGAUAAGGAUACGGAGUGCAAGGAGGGACUGCUGAAAGGUUACAGCUCUGAGAGCUUAGAGCAGAGCAGCGCCAUUCCCGACGGGAAGGACAAGACGCCAGGGAGGCAGCGCCGUUUCACCGGCGACUCGGGCAUCGAGGUCUGCGUUUGCAACCGGGGCCAUCACGAUGACGACCUGAAGGAGUUCGACGGGCUCAUCGAUGAUGCUCUGGACGGGCCCCUGGACUUCUGUGACAGCUGCAGCGGCCGUCCCCACGGGGACGAGGAGGAAGGGCUUUUUAAUGCCACGGAAGAGGAGCACCGUGAACACAGCCACCACCACCUGCCCCGGCAGCCGGUGUGUGUACUCUUGAACACAAUAAACGAGCAGGACUCUCCAAACUCUUGUACUAGUAACUCCCCCAGCUAAGGUGGCAGAGCGGAAAGGAAGACUGGGGGAAAAUACAAAGAAAUAAAAGUGGAAUAAGAGGAUUAAAACUUUAACAGGAGGAAAAGGUGAUACAGCCUUCUUUUUUUGGGUUUGUUUUUCUUUUCCCCCCUCCAGUGUAAUUCGGGGCCUAGUCCUCGAAGGCUCGGCUUGUGGGGGACAGGUCGCUCUGGGUUUCGUUAAUCAUGUCAGUCCUGCUCUGCAGGACAGGGACUGAUGUUUCUCAAUAAGACCUUCUGACAAAUGGAAUUUUCCCAGUGGUGAUUUUGGUGAUGGUUAGUACGAGUUUGUUGGGUUUAGUUUUCUGAAACACUGCUUUAUCUCACAAUCAGUAAAGCUCAGCAAAUCUCACCCUGCGAGGAUUCAAAAUCACUAUAAGGCUUCAACCUCCAGGUGUCUUCCCAGAAGCAAGCAGCUUCUGACAGUGCCAGCAGUCAGUAGCCCACGAGUUCUGGUUUGAUGCAAUGCUCUUGAGGCAGUGGGGAUUUCUUUUCAUUGCAGGUGUUGUGGUUUGGGGUUGGGUUUUU